UCCGGAGGUAUCACGUGAUCACACUUUCCCGCGUUUUCUCAACUCCGGCGGCCUUACUUUUCCGUGUUGUGUCGGGAUCUUUUGUGGCUGUGGGAAAGCGGACUAUUUCGCGGCCUCGAAAAUUGCCCAUUGAGAAUCAUGUCUGGAAAAGAUUAUGUCGCUGACAGAGAGAAGAUCAAGUCGUUUCUCACAGACUUCUACGCGACCGGUGACCGGGGAAAAAAGGAAUUUGUUUAUUCGAAGCAACUAGUAAACUUGGCGCACCGGGAGCAGGUAGCGCUCACCAUCGACAUGGAUGAUGUCGAGGACUACGACAGCGGCCUGGCAGAAGCCAUCAUGCAGAACGCACGUCGGUACUGCAACCUGUUCGCUGAUGUUGUGUAUGAAAUGCUGCCCGACUACAAGCAGAAAGAGGUUGUGGCGAAGGACGCCUUGGAUGUGUACAUUGAGCACCGUAUGCUCAUGGAAAACAGGAACCGCCAGCCUGGGGAUGCCCGAGAUCCACGUAACAAGUACCCAUCGGAACUGAUGAGGAGAUAUGAGGUGUACUUCAAGAUGCCAUCAGCCACCAAGCCUCUGUCUGUACGAGACGUGAAGGCAGGCUGCAUUGGGAAACUCGUUACCGUGAAGGGCAUUGUCACACGGUGUACUGAAGUGAAGCCUAUUAUGUGCGUUGCAACAUACACUUGUGACCAGUGUGGUGCAGAAACAUACCAACCUAUCAACAGCCCCAGCUUCAUGCCUCUCGUGACUUGCCCAAGUGAUGACUGCCGUGUCAACCGAUCAGGAGGUCGGCUCUACCUUCAGACUAGGGGUUCCAAGUUUGUCAAGUUCCAAGAGCUGAAGAUACAAGAACACAGUGACCAAGUGCCCGUGGGGAACAUCCCACGAAGCAUGACUGUAUAUGUGCGUGGAGAGCUGACUCGUACUGCAUUGCCAGGUGACCACGUCUCCGUGACAGGCAUUUUCCUGCCACUGCUGCGCACAGGAUUCCGUCAAAUGCAGGGCGGCCUCCUCUCAGAUACUUUCCUGGAGGCACAUAGGAUUGUCAAGAUGAAUAAGAUGGAAGAUGAUGAACUGGACGACAGCAUGAUGAUGCCUGAGGAGCUGGAGGCACUCUCAGAACCUGACUUCUAUGCCAAGCUGGCUGGCAGCAUAGCACCUGAAAUAUAUGGACACGAAGAUGUCAAAAAAGCACUGCUGCUUCUGCUUGUAGGAGGCAUCGACCGCAACCCAAAUGGCAUGAAGAUUAGAGGCAACAUCAACAUUUGUUUAAUGGGCGACCCUGGCGUGGCGAAGUCACAGUUGCUGUCUUACAUUGAUCGACUUGCACCAAGAAGUCAGUAUACAACAGGUCGUGGCUCAUCUGGUGUUGGUCUGACUGCGUCCGUCAUGAAGGACCCACUGACAGGUGAAAUGACACUUGAAGGAGGUGCACUUGUGCUGGCCGACCGGGGCGUUUGUUGCAUUGACGAGUUUGACAAAAUGAUGGACAGUGAUCGUACUGCAAUACAUGAGGUCAUGGAGCAGCAGACCAUCUCUAUUGCUAAGGCUGGCAUUAUGACAACUCUGAAUGCACGCACGUCCAUUCUGGCAGCAGCCAAUCCUGCAUACGGUCGCUACAACCCAAAACGCACCAUUGAGCAGAAUGUUCAACUGCCAGCUGCGCUUCUAUCACGUUUUGACCUAUUGUGGCUCAUCCAGGACAAACCUGACCGAGAAAACGACCUCAGAUUGGCAAACCACAUCACUUUUGUGCACAAGAACUGCUCAGAGCCACCACAGGGCACCCAUAAACCACUGGACAUGCGUCUCAUGCGGCGUUACAUUGCACUGUGUAAAAGUAAGCAACCUGUGGUUCCUGAGGAACUGACAGACUACAUUGUCAGUGCAUAUGUUGAGAUGCGCAAGGAAGCACGUAACAGCAAAGAUGCUACCUUCAUGUCACCCAGAACAUUGCUAGCCAUUCUACGCCUUGCCACUGCUCUGGCAAGGCUUCGAUUGGUUGAGGUGGUUGAAAAAGACGAUGUUAACGAAGCUAUGCGUCUCAUGGAAAUGUCAAGAGACUCGCUCGUACAGCACACAGAGUCUGGUGGCAGGGUCCAGACAGUGACUGAUAAAAUAUUCGCACUCAUCCGAGACAUGGUCACAGAGUCUGGAGGCAAGACAGUGAAAAUGGCCGAUGCUGUUGAGCGUUGUACGUCCCGUGGGUUCCGGCCAAACCAGAUUGAGGAGGCCAUUGAAGAAUACGAGGAACUCAAUGUCUGGCAGGUUAACCAGGCCAGAACGAAGAUCACCUUUGUUUGAUGCACAAGUUUUUCACUAGCAACAACCUUUGCACUGAUUAAAUUUUCUACCAAGGACUGUAAAUAUUGUAUGAAGCUAUUGCAGCAUUUAAUAUAGUUAGUGCACUAUGCAAUCUAUUUUGCACUAGUUUUGAUCUGGUAAAAUCUUCCCGGAGUUUUUUUUGCAAUCUACGUAUUUUAGCCUGUUUACUAUAGGCCCACAUUGUGAAUUGACUUGCUUACAAGACUGCUAUGCAGCGAAGGCUAUUGAUUGUCUACGAAUACCUUUUCUCCCACCCACUAUUUUUUGGUUGUGUGCCCGAUGUGGGCCAGCACCAUGUCGAGUUUUUAUUUUAUGCCUGUGGCAAUGCACUGCAUAGCCAGCACAAGCCAGCACACUUCACUGCCAUAUUCAUAUCAUACAUAACUUUUUUUUUUUGCUCUAUACCUAGUUUGUGUCGCGUUAUAUGUACCAUCAUACAUGUAAAUAAAGUUUGAACCUUGA